CACUGCUUCACAUAUGGGAGGCCCAGAAGAGGGGGUGGUUUACCUUGCUCCUCUGCAGCUGACUAAUCACCAGGACCCAGACGGGCACCCCCACACACUUCUGGCCUGAAGGCCAGCUCUCAGUCCUGAAAAACCUGUCCCAAACUCCCCCCAGGCCAUAGGGCCCAAGGGGCAGGUUGGACUGGAUUCCCCUCCAGCCCCUCCCACCCCAGGACAAAAUCAGCCACCCCAGGGCAGGGCCUCACUUGCCUCAGGAAGCCCCAACCUGCCAGCACCUGUUCCAGGAUCCAGGUUUCAGCCCAGCAUGGCAUCCCUGCGGCCUGUCCAGACCUUGCCCUUGAUCCUGAUUCUGCUGGCUAUACUGGCCCCGGGGGCUGCAGAGUUCAACAUCUCAAGCCUCUCUGGUCUGCUGUCCCCAGCGCUAACCGAGAGCCUGCUAGUUGCUUUGCCCCCCUGUCACCUCACAGGAGGCAACGCCACACUGACUGUCCGAAGAGCCAAUGACAGCAAAGUGGAGAAGUCCAGUUUUAUAGUGCCUCCAUGCCGUGGGCGCAGGGAGCUGGUGAGCGUGGUGGACAGUGGGAAUGGCUUCACAGUCACACGGCUCCGUGCAUACCAGGUGACAAACCUCCUCCCAGGAACCAAAUACUAUAUUUCCUACCGAGUAGAGAAGGGGACAUCUACCGAGUCCAGCAGAGAGAUCCCAAUGUCCACGCUUCCUCGAAGGAAUAUGGAGUCCAUUGGUCUGGGAAUGGCCCGAACAGGGGGCAUGGUGGUCAUCACAGUGCUGCUGUCUGUGGCCAUGUUCCUGCUGGUAGUGGGUUUCAUCAUUGCCCUGGCUCUGGGCGCUCGAAAGUAAGGAGGGCUGACCUGCGCGGGGCUCCUUCAGGAAGUCCAGAAACCCUCUGUGUCCCAGUCUGCCUCCUCCUGGGCCUCAGCCACCAGCCUCUGGCUCCUUCAGUGCCUUCAUGUCCCUCUCCCUGCCCCCACCCUGCCCCUGGAGCCCUUUCCUCCCUCAGUCCCUCUCCCUACCCCCAGUGCCACACCACCCAACACUCCCUACCAUUCCCCUUGCUGCAAUCCUGUGGGAGUCGACAUUCCUCCCAUUUCACCACUCUGACCCCCAUUACA